UCACCUUUUGAGCAACGUCUAGCUGCGACGGAUACGCCCUCAUCUGGACCCGAACUCUUCCACGCUCGCAGAGCAAUAUGGCGCGAGCCGGCGCAAAAUCCGCCCGAUCCUACGCAGCCAAAUUCUUCCCGUCGCCGGCUCGAAAAUAUCAUGGCAACUCCCGGAGCCCUUGAAAGCGACGAGACAUGGGGAGCGGGCAUAGACAGGGUUUGGAACGGGUUAGUUGGCGGGGCGAGGUUGAAGCAUAGGUUACCGCUUGCGCUGGUGAUCAAAAUACUACAAGCCGGAUGGAUUCGUGAAGGCACAUGGCCUCGAGGAGCCGCCGCACCCGACACCGACGACGAACUG